AUGUCGAAUUACGCUUCCGCCAGGCCCGAUCUCGUUGUCGCAACCAUGACUUCCCUGACAAUCCACGAGGCCGACCACACCGCCACGGACGAUUUUCAUGCGACGACUCCUACCAGCACCGACCCCCAGCCAUAUGUACAAGGCAAAAACCAUAUGGUGACGGGCACCGAGGCGGUUGACACUCAACCCAAGGAUGCCACUGAUGCAGCAAGUUCCUCGACCGAGACAGCUUUGUCGACGUCGUCCACGAAUUUGUCGCGCAAAAUUAGCCCUGACACUCCGGAAGACCCUAAUGCAGAAGCUGCCUGCACCGCAAUCCAAUCCACCUCGCCCGUCCCCACUAUUUACCCCCCUCGUCGUCCCAACAUUUUCAGGACGCGCCAGAAGCACCUGUGUUUUCCUACUUCCGUAUACGGCCGUGGCCAAGUUGGGCCUGAUGCUGUCAACACCACUCAGAAACUCGAGGCGGCCGACGGCUUCUCCGUGGCCGACAUAGAGGAGUUUCAGGCGGAGAUAAAGGAGAGGAUGAUGAAGACGUCAGAGAAGUUUAUGAACAUGGUGCGCCAGAGUGCUUGGCAACAGCGACGGGUUGAAGAUCUGGGCGAGGUCUUCGAGAUUGAAAACUGA